AUGGAGAUCUGCGUUCGCUACAGCUCGUUCUUCCAGCACCAUACCCACCUCAUUCCCGGCGUUUUGGAAAGUUUCCUUCAACUUGUGCAUCACCCUGUCCGAAAAGUCAAGACGCGUUCUUGGUACCUCUUCCAGCGACUUGUGAAGCAGCUGCGUAUCCAUAUUGGCAAUGUGGCCCAGACGGUGGUGGAAGCCUUGGGCGAUUUGUUGGUGAUUCAGGCCGAGGUGCCUUCGGAGGGCGAUGAGGGCGACGAGAUGUCAUCAGAAGACCAUGAAGGCUCCGCUGAUGCCGUAUUCACGAGCCAGCUGUACCUGUUUGAGGCAGUUGGGAUUAUCUGCUCGACUCCUGGAGUCACCGCCGAUAAGCAGGUUCUCUACGCGCAGUCGGUGCUGAACCCCAUCUUCGGAGAUAUGGAACGAAACCUCGCAGCAGCCAAAUCCAACGACGAGCGAGCACUGCUACAGAUCCAUCACGAUAUAAUGGCUUUGGGAACUCUCGCCCGCGGCUUUUCGGACUGGACGCCUGGCACGCCCACCCAAGGGGCCCUGCCAGCAGUGGAAGUCUCGGAGGCUUUCUGCCAAGUCGCAGAGGCGACGCUGGUUGCGUUGGAAUCUCUCAAGACGUCCUUUAACAUUCGGACUGCAGCCCGUUUUGCCUUCUCACGGCUCAUCGGCGUCCUCGGAGCACGUAUUCUCCCCCAACUGCCCCGCUGGAUCGAUGGGCUUUUGACUCAAACCUCGUCGCGCGACGAAAUGGCCCUGUUUUUGCGUCUUUUGGACCAAGUUAUCUUUGGAUUCAAGGGUGAGAUCUACAGCAUCCUCGACACCCUCUUGACCCCCUUCCUACAGCGGGUCUUUUCGGGCCUUGCGGACCCCACGACCGGCACCGAUGAUGAGAUCCAGCUUGCGGAGCUGAAGCGCGAGUAUUUGAAUUUCUUGCUAGCAGUGUUCAACAACGACCUCGGGGCCGUGAUCAUCAGCGAGCAAAAUCAGCCGCUGUUCGAGACUGUCAUCACCACCAUCGAACACUUUGCUAAAGACAUCGACGACUUCACAACGGCCAAGAUGGCGUUCUCCGUGCUGGCUCGCAUGGGUCUCUGCUGGGGCGGGCCAGAUGUCGCCCCGGCAGCAGCCAACGGCGCUGCAGCGACGCAGACUGCUCUGCCCGGGUUCGGCGGGUUCAUGAUCUCGCGCUUCUCGCCUCUGUGCUGGGCUCUGCCUGCUAACCCGUCAUUCAACUCCAAAGAUGCACACGCUAAGCAGGUCCUCGCGGAAGCGGGCGGCCUACAGCGCACCAUCUACCUCAAGACCGGCAUGGAGUAUGCAGAGUACCUACGGAACCAGGAGCUGCCAGGCAUGGGCAUGGGGGCGGAUCUGAUCGAGGAGUUUUUGAAUGCAUUGAGCCAGAUGGACAUCAGGGGAUUCCGGCAGUUCUUCCCAGUAAGUGUGCCCAGUGCUUGCUAA